CGACGCUCAUUGGCCUAGAGCGAGGUGCAGUCGGCCAAUCGCUUCAGUGCGUGUAGUUUUGGACGCAUGCAGACAGCAGUUCGGUGUUUGUCUGUUUCAGCCUGGAUCGCUUUCCAUUGUACUUUUCGUGAAUGUGUUGCACAUAUUCUCUCUUUUUAAAAAUAUUUUCCUGCUUUAAUUGAUGUUGUUCGGCGUAUCCUGAAAAGGAUUUAACUGUGAAGGAUCAGAACAACAGAAUAAAAUGCCUUUUUCCCGAGGAAAGAAGCCCACCACCAGUAAAAUCCCCAAACUUCAUCCUAAAGGACUGGAGAACCAGGAGGAUGGCCCCCAGACCAAGCGCUCAUCAUCCCCUCCCCAAGGGGCCCCUAAGAAAAGAACUGCUUUUGUGGACAUUACCAAUGCACACAAGAUUGAGCUAAGCAACCCCAUCAAAAAGAAAGAUCAUGUUAAGAAGCUGCAGAAGAAGAUCUCAGUUCUUUCUAAGAAUGAUGUCAAUUUAAAAUCUGUGUUUAGUUCAGAGGAAAAGUUGGGGGAACUGCAGAAUGUGGAGUCACUAGAAGAGCCCUCUUCUAAAACCUCAAUUCCUCCACACCUCCUGCCUCCAGAGAUUCCUCCAGAGUUUGACAUUGAUUCUGAGCAACUCAGUGACUCCACGCAUGCAGCAGAGUAUGCCAAAGAUAUUUUUGACUACCUCAAGAGCAGAGAGGAAAAGUUUGUCUUACAUGACUACAUGGCUGAUCAACCAACUCUGAACACCAAUAUGAGAGCAAUUCUGGUGGACUGGCUGGUUGAGGUCCAGGAGAAUUUUGAGCUGAAUCAUGAGACUCUGUACCUGGCUGUGAAAAUGACGGAUCAUUAUCUGGCCGUGAGCCAGGUCAAACGGGAGUCUUUACAGCUCAUUGGUUCAACUGCCAUGCUCAUUGCUUCUAAAUUUGAGGAGCGGGCUCCUCCUUGCGUGGAUGAUUUCCUAUACAUUUGUGACGAUGCCUACAAGCGCUCCCAGCUCAUCGCCAUGGAGAUCAGCAUCCUGCAGGCGCUGAACUUUGACAUCAAUAUUCCGGUUCCAUACCGCUUUCUCCGUCGUUAUGCCAAGUGUGUGAAUGCAGGUAUGGACACACUGACUCUGGCACGCUUUAUUUGCGAGCUGAGUUUGUUGGAGAUGGAGUUUGUGCCCGUAAGAGCAUCUUUGCUCGCCUCUGCCUGUCUGCUCAUCGCUCUGGUUACUAAGGAUCUGGGAGGAUGGACACUGUGUUUGCAGUUCCACUCUGGAUACAGUGUGGAGGAUCUGGCACCCGUGGUCAGAAAACUACACGACAUGCUCAGCAGCCCACCGGACAGUAAACUCGCAGUUAUCAGGAGCAAGUACGCGCACAAAGUUUUCUUUGAAGUUGCGUUGAUCCCCACAGUGAAUCUGGAGAAGUUGGAAGGGGUUUUGAAGUUAGCUUAAGGAAAAUGUAUGUAAUGUUUUAAACAUUGUAAAUAAUUAUAUUUAAUGUUAUAUUUUAAUCUUUUGAAAUAAAGUCUUUGUGUGUAAAUUGACAUGUAUAUACAUGUUUUCCAUUGUAUGUUCAGUUUUUUUCACAAACCAUGUUAUUCUUCCUGUAAACGUAAAAUCAGUUAACUAAAAUCCAAACUAGUGACCCCAUCAAUGUUUCAAAAGCUGAUAAAGUACAAACCAUCCUAUCAGUUCAAUUUAUUAGGUCAUUAGGUUUUUGUUAUUGAAUGUUACUAAAAUGGCAUUUUAAUGCCUUGUACAUAGAUGUUUUUCUGUAUAGUUUUCUGUGUGUACAUUUUCUUGAUCACUUUACUGACAGUGUUCUUUUAAACACUAUGGAUGAUUAAAAAAGUACUUUUGCA